AGGUCAAAGACUAUUGGUCUAACAAGCCUUUGCCGGAUCCAUUGUUGGGAAGCUAUCCUGUCUGCAAAUGUCACAACCUCUCCAGAAAUCCUCCACCCUGCCAACUGAUGCAACUCCCUGAGGCAGAUUUGCCAGCUAAUAGCCAAAGCCCAGGAUGAACUGCCGCCACAAGGAGCACAAACUCACAGAGUACCUUUUCAAGGCCAGGGCAUGCAAAUGGCUCCCAGAAUUCCCCUCUGUCGCCUGCCAGAACGUGCAUUUCAGAGAGUUGUGGGUACAGCGUGGCAUGUGUCAAGCUCCCUAGGAACUGUGGGAGUGAGGCUGCAGACAGUGAUCUGGAAUUCUGAGCCACCCUCCUUGUUCCAAGAAACUCUGAAAAACAAAUCAGGCUUUUGCUGCGAUAUUAUCUUUGCAAAGUUUGGGAAUAUUGGUCAUGUGUUGUUGUUUUUUUAAUGCAUGGUCAGCUAAUCCCUUGAAACCGAGGAUGUAAGGCUCACGAAACUGGAAAACAUCAGGUCUGACCAAAGGAGAAGAAAAGGGGGAGAGGGGGGGGUGGAAAAACCAACACCCCACAACAACACACAGAGGCUCUGUCUAUUGAAAGAGGACUUGGCAGAGUUCAGUGGUGGCAGAACAACUCCAAGCGGUACUAAGGGACGUGCCCAGAGUGGACAAAUCAUGCUAAUUGUGUGCGAGAAGGACCUAAAACCAAACCCAAAAUGAAGAGAGAAAGAGAAGUCUUGUCCAGAGUUCUCAGCGUGUCGGGGUUUGUGCACGUAGCUUGCCUUCUUAUAAUCAACUACACAGAUCUGCUGGAAGGAGUCAAUAUCACCAGCCCGGUGCUGUUAAUCCACGGUACGGUUGGCAAGUCGGCCCUGCUCUCCGUGAAAUACACCAGCACCAGCCGCGACAAACCCGUGAUCAAAUGGCAAGUGAAGCGUGACAAGGCUGUGACGGUGGUCCAGUCCAUCGGCACUGGGAUCAUUGGUAACUUGCGCUCGGAGUACAGGGACCGGAUUAGAAUCUUUGAGAAUGGCUCCUUGCUGAUCAAUGAGCUGCAGCUCUCUGACGAGGGAACGUAUGAAGUGGAAAUCUCCAUUACAGAUGACACUUUUACAGGGGAGAUGAACAUUAACCUUACAGUGGAUGUUCCAAUUUCAAAGCCUCAUGUCGCCCUGGCCUCUUCCACUGUGCUGGAGCUCAGCGAAUAUUUCACUCUGAACUGCUCCCAUGAAAAUGGCACAAAGCCCAGCUACACGUGGCUGAAGGACGGCAAGCCCCUCAGCAAUGACUCCCGGCUGAUCCUCUCCCAUGACCAGAAGGUGCUGACCAUCACCAGAGUCCUGAUGUCUGACGAUGACACCUACAGUUGUUUGGUGGAGAACCCCAUCAGCAACGGGCGCAGCAUCCCGAUAAAACUUACCGUGUACAGAAGGAGCUCCCUCUAUAUAAUCCUUUCGACUGGGGGAAUUUUCCUUCUGGUUACCUUAGUGACCGUCUGUGCCUGUUGGAAACCAUCCAAGAAAAACAAACGGAAAAUGGAGAAGCAAAAUUCCUCUGAAUAUGUGGACCAGAAUGAAGAACAGUUGAAGCAGGAUGUGGAGAUUGUUCCCAGGAGUGGAGAGCAUGAACGCAAGAAUCCCGUCGCUUUGUACAUCCUGAAGGACAAAGACUCUCCAGAAGAUGAAGAGGAAUCCCUUACCGAGUCCCGAAAUGCUGCUGAGCCCUCGCCGCCCAGCUACUCCAGCUCUCCCCCUCCUCCUGGAAGAUCACCUGGACUGCCUGUCCGGUCUGCUCGCCGAUACCAUCGCUCGCCAGCCAGGUCUCCGGCCACCUCCAGAACAACACACAUAUCUCCUACCAGGUCCCCAACCCCCCCAGGGCGCACCCCAAACACCACACGCUUGGUGCGGACUGCUGGAGUUCAUAUCAUUCGAGAUCAGCAGGGGGAGUCCAGCACUGUGGAAAUCAAUGCCUGAAGGCAGCCAGCAGUGUGCACCUGUCUUGUCUCUCUGCGUGUGCAGCGAGGAAGCCUUGCUGCACUUGUGAAUGUUUUCUGGGGUAGCAGUGAGUUUGCGCCCGGCGUUGUUGCUUCUUUUUUUGCACAUGCAAAUGCAUGUUUCCUGUUCAAGGGGAGAUGCCUGGGCUCUGCUUGUAGGUAAAAAAAGUGAAUCGCGCAGUGUUCCACAGGGCUGGAUGGACCCACUUUAAAUGGUUUACAGUAGUUUCAACGCUCCUGCUUCCAUACAUACGUUUUAAAGGCACUAACUUGCUAUUUGUAGCACCCGGGGAGUUAGCACACUGGUGUCGCUAAACCUUUUGCUUUUGGGAACGAUGCCCAACUAAUUGCUUCAAAGCCUGAGGUUUCCAUCCAAGCCUUUUGAGGUGAUAAUGCAGCCAAGGGUGGCGCUGUGGUCUAAACCACUGAGCCUCUUGGGCUUGCCAAUCGGAAGGUUGGCUGCUCAAAUCCACACAAUGGGGUGAGUUCCAGUUGCUCUGUCCCAGCUCCUGCCUACCUAGCAGUUUGAAAGCAUGCCAGGGCAAUUAGAUAAAUAGGUACCACUGCAGUGGGAAGGUAAAUGGCGUUUCCAUGCACUCUGGUUUCCGUUACGGUGCUCCGUUGUGGCAGAAGCGGUUUAGUUAUGCUGGCCACAUGACCCUGAAAGCUGUCUGUGGACAAACGCCGGCUCCCUCGGCCUGAAAGCGAGAUGAGCACUGCAACCCCAUAGUCACCUUAAACUGGACUUCACCGUCCAGGGGUCCUUUACCUUUUUUUUUACCCUAAUGCAGCCAAUGGGAACGUAUCCACAAGUCACAUGUCUCAAAGGCUAUCUGUGGCCUUCGGUGUGGUCAGGGAUACCCUAACCUAACUGAAUUUCAAGGCUAGGAUCCCUCUUUAAGCCUUGUAAGAUUCCUACUUGACAUUAUGACCUCCUGCUCAUUAUGUGUUGCUUGUGAGCCUGUGGCAUGCUGCUAACCAUGGUUGGCUGCUACAAACCAUUGCCACUGUCCCCUGUGAAACUUGCAUGUGAACACCUUCACAUGCUUCCAAGUUCGUCCUACCCUUACUCAGAAGGAUGUUAAGGAAACACAGCACAUUUCAGAAUGUUUCCAGGCCGUAGGCUAGAGGUACUCAGCUUUCCAAGGCCUCUUCAAACAGAUCCCAACUCAGCUGUUCUUCUGCACAGGACACCCCAAGCAUUUGUCAUACCUUACAAGCACAGAACAGGUGGCGCUGUGGGUUAAACCACUGAGCCUAGGGCUUGCUGAUCAGAAGGUCAGCGGUUCAAAUCCCUGUGACGGGGUGAGCUCCCGUUGCUUGGUCCCAGCUCCUGCCAACCUAGCAGUUCGAAAGCAUGUCAAAAAUGCAAGUAGAUAAAUAGAAACCGCUACAGCGGGAAGGUAAACGGCGUUUCCAUGUGCUGCUCUGGUUUGUCAGAAGCGGCUUUGUCAUGCUGGCCACAUGACCUGGAAGCUGUACACCGGCUCCCUCGGCCAAUAAUGCGAGAUGAGUGCCGCAACUCCAGAGUCGGUCACGACUGGACCUAAUGGUCAGGGGUCCCUUUACCUUUUUACAAGCACAGAACAGGAGGUGAUCAUAGCUCAAUGGGAAAGCACAUGGAUUGCACGCAGAAGGUUCCAGAUUCAACUCCUGGCGUCUCCAGGUUUGGUUUUUCUUUUUCUUUUUAAAGCAUCAGGUGCUGGAUGAUGGGAAGGAAUUUGGCUACAGAACCUGGCGCUGCCCUAAGAAUCUCUGCCAGUUCCCAUUCGCCCACAUUCUUAUUUACAUCCAGCCUAGGGAGUGGCACUGACUAGUUAGAGCAGACAAUAACAGCCUAACGGGGACAAAUAGUCUUAACUGGCAGCUUCUAUUUUUCUACUCAUACUCCAAAAGGUAAAAUAUUAUUUUUAAAAGUAGUUUAUAUUAUGCCACGCUGUCAGGUUGAAAUCAUGAUUGUAUUUUUAUUUGCCAUUUUUUUUAUCCUCCCCCCCCCCACCUUCCUUCCAAAAACUUGGGAGAGCAUCUUCACAACAACCCUGUGUGUGAGGUAAGUUAGGCCCAGAGGUUAGCCGUUGACCUUUAUUUCUAAGUGGAAAUUUGAAGCCUAGUCCUAGCCUGACGCUCUGUGCACUACAUCGCUGCAGGGUCUCCCCACGUGGCAAUCCCUUGGUCAUAGUCCAACCCAAGGGGCAUUUCUGAAAGUGUGGUGGCCCGUAUAUGGCCUGCGUGUGUGAGCGCGCACAUCCAUCAGACUGCAGGUGGGGAAGUUUUAUUUGACAGCAUAUGUGUGAAUGCUUACUUCUGCGGGUGCAUGCAUGCCCACAGGGUGGACAGUGCAGUGUAUGCUGAUUUCUGAGCUGGAUGACUGCAGAGAGGAGCUGAGGCUCUUCACAGUGAGCCCCUGGAAGGGGUGCCUGAGCAUGCUGAGCCUUGAUGGUAGGUGGGGCCUGGUAGGU